AUGGAGCUCAGCCGCAGCACCGCGAAGGCCAAACGGGCCUGCGCCGACAAGGGCUACGUCGCCGACCCCUUCGCGUCCUUGCUGUGCGAGGGCGACGCCGCCGGAGAUCCACUCCUGCAUCGGGGCUACUACGCGCGCCACCGCGCCGUCGACGCGGCGCUGCGAAGCUUUGUGAGGUUGCACCCGCGGGGCCAGAUCGUCGCGUUGGGCGCGGGUUUGGAUGGCAGCUUUUGGAGGUUGAAGGCCACGGGCUGUGAAUGCGCCUAUUUUGAAGUAGAUUCAGAUCUAGUAGUGGCGGAGAAGCAGCGGUUGAUAAGAAACCACCCUAUUUUGAUCGAGGCCGUCGGGCAGUACGCGGCCGGCGUCUCGGGCGCCGAGGACGACCGCGGCUCGUAUCGACUCAUUGGCGGCGAUCUGCGGGAUAUGAGUACGGUCGCUUCGGCGCUCGAACGGGAAGGCUUGGAUGCAACGAAGCCGACGCUGGUUUUGUGCGAGUGCGUCCUCGCGUACCUCGACAGCGAUCGGGGCGAUUCUGUGAUAGCCUGGGCCCGCGCGACUUUUGUGGAUGUCUUCGUCGUGUGCUACGAUGUCGUGAAGACCUCAAAGGCCUUCGCGAAGGUGAUGCUGGACAACUUCCGCGCGCGGGGCGCGCCUUUGCUGGGAGCGGCGGAAAGUUUAGAGGACGUGGAGAAACGCUUCGGCGCCUUCGCUUCUCGUAAUGUGAGAGACAUGCGGCGCGUCUACGACGCGUUGAUCGCGGCCGCGCCGGACGAGCUCAAGCGCAUUUCAACACUGGAGAUCUUCGACGAUCCCGACCAGUUCGCGCUGAUCAUGUCGCACUACUGCCUCGUGUUUGCUGCGUCGGGCGCCUGUGUGCCGCUCGUCGGGGCCUGUAGUGGUGCUGGGUAAUUUUUUUGCUCGAUCAUCUGCGCGUCGCGUCGACGGCGUUGUGCCAGCCUUAUCCCUUGUCCCCGGGCCACACGCGGCGCCCCAUGUCCGGGCCCGCUAUUCUCACCUGGAACUGCAUACUACGCGGUGGCUGUGGAGGAACGCGCCGCGUCGACGGGCGCGAGUUGGCGUAGAACUCAGCGCGCCAUUCGUCGCGAUGCGACUGGACGGCUCCCCUCCGGUACGCCAUCGACGCGACAGCAAAGGAUAAAAUUACGCCGCCGCGGCGUAAAAGUAGCUAGGGGAACAGCUUCAGCAUCGGCGCUAAGCAGCCCAUCGAGCCCCGCGCCCGCCGUAAAGGAGCCCGCGGCCCCCGAACAGCUGCCCGCUUUGCGCGCGCAGCCCGUCGGGCACCAUGUCGAAAGGACGAGAUGCGACCACCAUCACGGACAGCACGGGACGGCGUCGAAUAACCAAGCUUUGGGACGGGGCAGCCGCCGCGCGCUGCGGGCGCCGCGGGGCCGGCGGAGAGGCCAAGAUUUCCUUCCCCCCUCGUGUCUGGGAGCCGCGACGGGCCGCCUCUGUAUUCGACGUCGGAGAUACGGUCGGGGCUGAGUUGCCGAAGGUGCCCCUGGCCGAGGGCGCGGCGCCGGGGGGAGGGCCCCCAAAGCUUCGGCGGCGGAACGGUGGACGCGACGCCGUCCUCGGGACCGCGUCGGCUCGACGGCGUUUGGUCGUGCGCUCGACGCCCUCCCCAGAGAACGGCGCCCGCGCGCUGCGAGCGGCGAGCACCCGAGGGCCCCACUUCACGCCAUCGACGCGACGUAAUUACGUCUGCUCGAUGGCGCGCGAGCCGCCCAACACACACAAGAGAGAGAAAGUACGAGAGGCGACCGCGCCCCCCCCGCGCAGUGGACGAGCACGGCGAGAUGAAGCAGGAGGCCUACAACCUCGCGGCCUACGCCGUCGAGCAGUUCGUGACCGAGAUGGAGAUCUCGAAGCACAUCAAGGCCCAGUUCGACGAGAAGUACGGCCCGACGUGGCACUGCAUAGUAGGCUCGGACUUCAAGCUCCAGUGCACGCACGAGGCGAAGCACUUCAUCUUCUUCUACCACGGCAAGACGGCCGUCGCGCUCUACAAGUGCGGUUGACCAUGGCGGCGUUUUAUCUCUGUGUGUGUGUUUUCCCUCUCCCCGUGCGCGUGCGUAAUAUACACGUUCAC